AUGCAGCACGGUUUGCUGUGACGUUCAUAACAGAGGCAAGUCCGAACAAAUAUCUCCCUACGCGUAAUAAUUAUAAGACACAGCAACCUUAUAAAGACGUCGGUUUAACGUAUUUAGCCAGCUCAGAGAAUGAUUUUUCGUCUGGACACAGAAAAAUUAGAAUGCAAUGUAAGCACUGAUUAUUUUUGCAGUAACCAGUAGAUGAUUCCUUAUUGCCGCUACCUGUCAAAGCGAAAUCCUUCAGUGGACUGAUGAGGAAAAUGAUGCAUGUCGAGGAUGAACUGACCAAAGCAGCCGCGACUGGAAACACUUACCAUGUUCAGUUUUUACUAUCUAACGGAGUGAAUGUGAAUGGCGUUAACAAAUUCGGAAGAACGCCUAUUCAGGUGAUGAUGAUGGGUAACACACCUUUGGCUCACCUGCUACUGGAAUAUGGAGCAGAUCCUAAUGUGCCUGAUCCCGGGACAGGAAGCACUCCUUUGCACGAUGCUGCCAGAACCGGUUUCAUGGACACCGUGCAGCUUUUAAUUCGCUUCAACGCCGAUCCUAAUUCAACAGAUCACAGCGAUUUACGACCUGUGGAUGUGGCACGGCAGACUGGACAUAUGGACGUGGCUGAAUUUCUCAGUCGUAUUUAAACGCUAAAGUUCUUCUUCUUCUUUUUUUUUUUUUUUGUAACUAGCCUACAUAUUUAUCAAAUAAUACGACAGGUUUAAAAAAUAAUAAUAAAGGAAUGAGCCCAGCAGUUAUGCACUUUAAUUGUUUAGGAUAUAGCCUAUUUGUAGACUAAUAAUAAUUUACAAUAUUGUUUGUGUAUUUUUAUGCUGUUUGGAGUAUUAAACAUUUUAGGUAUUUUUAUUCCUAUGAGAAUCUAUGGUUCGCAGUUCAUUUUUUAUAGGCCUUCAUGCAGCAUCACUAUCAAAAACUACAGAAAAAAAGCAACUUUAAGUUUGAAGCAUUAAUGAUGAUAUCACCCUAGUAAAGUCUGUCAGGACGCAGCAUUUCGGUUAAUGUAUACAAUUACAUUUUUAAACAUAUCCAUAAGAUUUGUUCUUUACUUAGCAUGGUAAUGGCUAAAUAGAGUUAAGUCGUGGAAAGAUAGCUAACGAAGUUUAUUGGGCAAGUGCUCAAACCAAAUAACCUAUUAGCAUAAUAUGUGGCUUAUAUUUCUCAGUUCUCUAAGAAAAUAAGAUAUUUUCGAUAAGUUUAUGUUUUAUGUUAAGCUAAAUAAAUGCAUCUAUAUGCCACCGUGCAAUUUGUUGUUGUUCUUUAUAACGCAUAAAUUGGGUUCUUUAAUCAUCGCCUCGCCAGCUUUAAGUGCAAUAUAUUGAUAUUGUGCGGAAAGUCAGGUUUAUUUUAAUUUUUUUUAUUUAGACGGUUUGCAAAUAACAUGUGAAACCUAUGAAAGACAGCUAAAAGAAAGAAAGAAAGAAAACAAAAUAUAGCGAAUUAUUAAAAGCUUGCUAUAGAGACAGUUAGCUAUAUUUACCAAUGUGCAGAAGACGAAUGGUUACUUGAAGAGAACAUAUUAUUUGAGGGUCUAUCUCUUAAGAGAUUAUCUAUUUGCAACGAAACUGCUGUCUGAUCGAAUCUCAUGAAGGGAACAGAAAAUAAUUAGAUCAGAAAUCAAGGUUAGACGUCCUCUAUUUUGAAAGCAUGCACGAAUAGGCUAUUAUAAAAGAAACAUGAUACACCGAGAUCUGUUACGAUUCCUCGAGGCAAAAACACUGAAAACACUGACCAAUUUUUGAUACAAAUAUGCAUCUGUUUUUCACAAAUCUCUGGAAAAGCAAUGUGCUGCUGACUCAAAACGGAGGGGUUUCAUCAAUGCACUGAAAUGUGGCACAGUGAAUAAUCUCCCACAAGCUUUUCAUAAGGAAAAACAGGAUAUAUUUAUUCGUGGUUAUGAAAUACAUGUAUUUUUUAUAUCCAACCAAAAUAUUUAUACUUGCAUUACGCCCAGAGCCGUUUUGUGCUCUCUCCCUGCAGACCCAGUAUCUCCACAUGAAGUUAAUUAAGAGCUCUGCUGUGAUUGGGUGAUGAUGUGAGAGGAGAGACAGUAUUUAAAUUACAGCUACACUAAGACUAUAGUUGGUGGUGGCUAGAUGGUGUGCAGGGGAUGAGGUUUCGUCCUUAGAAGCCUUAGUUUGGUGAUUUGGUGUCUCUUUCAGUUGUGUUGAAACUGCUGAAGUAGAGCUUCUGUCCUUUGUCUCAUUGAUGACAUCUAUGACAAACUUUUUCUAAAGAGAAGUGUGUAAUUUCAGUUGCACAUAAUAAAUACCGAGUUUUAGUUCUUUUUGGUGGGGGUAAGUACAUGUGUGGCAUUUUGUUUUCUCCCGUUUAUGUUAGUUUAGGGAGUUAGUUUAAUCUGCUGUAUUUUUUCCUUUUCUUUGAAGCUUAGUUGGGUUAUAGAAAAUAGUUUUGUUAUGUUUGUUAUUUUGGCCUUGCCUUUUGUUAUCUCUCUGUAAAUAAAAACUUCUCUUUUCGCUGCA